AUGCUGAUCCCUUCCUCCCGCCUACGAAGGAAGACACUUCCUUCCACACUGAAGAGAGCAAACGAGACACUGGAGACAAGAUGGCGGGCGGCGCGGGGGAUAUCUGGAAGACGGGGGCGGGACUCUGACGUCAUAGGGCUAUACCCCGCCUCUCGACGUUCGGGACGUGACGGCCUCGGCUCCGCGCCCCGCCCUCUCUCCGGGGAACAAAAAAGACAUUUCAGGUUUCAACUCGGUUUGGCCACCUCCCCAGCCUUCAUGCGCUGGGGAACUGAAGGUUUCUCGGGUAAAAACAAUGAGAAGACAAGGAACAUCGCUAAGAACCACUCGUCCGGCCGCCAGCGUUCUGACGUGAGCCAGCCGGUUUUUGGAAGGGCCGAGGUGACCCGACUUGAGGAACAAGGAGACACGGGCAGGAUGGCGUCCCGCCUCAGCGGGAAACCUCCCGGGCGGCCUUUGUCCUGCCUGCUCCCUGCGGCCGGACCUUCCUCGGGGCUGCAGCGAGGCUGGUAG